CAGCAACCCAGAUGGGGAUUUUCCUGGCUUGAUCAUAACAAACCCAAUGAUUUGUGUAUCGUAAAUGUCGUAAUGGACUCUGUGGUAAACCGUAUUUACAAAAACCUCUUCUCCCAUCGACCUCAUCUUCRCUCUCGUCUUGACUGACAUCGAUAGUGCGAAGAUGUCGACCAUAUUUCAAGUUUUUGUUCUUUUCAACAAUUUUCUGUAUUUCUUUCUGCUUGCUUGAGCUCUGAUCUUCUCCAUGUGUUCCUGUGGUUUCAUAGUAAACCUUAGUUACACCAGUACCAACAAGAAUCCCUAACAGAAUGUCAGUAAAGCCAGGAAACUUUUGACGAAAUGAUUUCAGGUACGCCGCCAUCUUUUAAAAACAUGGAGACUGGGGCGAGAUAACCGCUGGUCAUGAAUAAGAAUUUGCGCGCCAGUUUUUCAAUGGCGGACUCGGUGUGUUAGUUUUGUUCUUUAGUUUUAUGUCAAAUUUAUUUAUUUUUAAGGGCUUAGYAUAMGYUGAAGCCGUAAAAUUCGUGCGCUGCAAUGGUUGAUAUAGAUGAUUCUUACUUCAAAAGUAAUAAGCGGACUGUUCGAGCUAGAGCAUCUGAAAGCCUUGAUUCUSUCCGUACAGCUUUAGAUUCACCUGUAAGGUCGCCUCCAACAGUAGCAGAUAGCUACCCUGCAGCGGUUUCUCGCUUAAAGGUUCUUCUUCAGCAAUACAAUGAACAUCAGCCUUCUGGAAAUUCACCACCAGUCCAUCACAUAACAGGCCAACUCCCYGAUGCUGAUGAACUAAAGGAGCUCAUUAACCAUUAUUAUUCUGUAGUACAACACCUUCAGGCCCAGGUGGAAUUACUCAAGGAUGCUUUGAAGUCAUUAAAAAAGAAAACAAAAGCUUUGUGUGAAGAGAAUCAAUCUCUCCUGGCACAGCUCAAAGACAGCACUGUCAACCAGCUUCUAAACCAACAUGAGGAAAGUAAAGAUGAAAGAUUACAUCAUGACAGAAAAAGAAAUCAAGACAAAGCUGGUCCAUCCAGAUAUUUUCCUUCAAAGAGAGGAGAWGAUCAAGAAUGGUAUGAAGUCAUGGAUGAUUCAACAAGAACAAAAGCAAGUACAAGGAGUGUUGAUGAUCAGCUUUUCCUGUCUCCAAAAGAAAGAAAGUUUAUGAUGAAGAUGGAAGAUGAAGUUGAUCAAAUACGACAUCUUCAUGAAGCUAAAGCCAAACACCUUGAAAUGCUUCUGUUUUCAGCCAGAGAUGARAUUGAAGAACAUCAAAGCCACAUUGCAAAACUAGAAGAUAAAUUAAGAGAUAAAGAAGUUGUUCACAUUGCUGAGCAUCCAGGCCAAGCUGUGUUAUGUGUCAAAUGUGGACAACAAGAAGCUGUCUUGGCAUCAACCCAUGGAGAUGCUCUUAGACGAGCUAUGGAACAACUUAAAAGGGAAAGAGAUGAUCUUGUUGAAACUCUUACAACCCAGAACUCAUCCAUUUCAAAGAUUAGACAAAGAGAGAUUGAUGCUUACAACCAAGUGAAGAAAAGCUGUGAGUUGGCUGAACARGCACAGCUUGAAAAAGCYGAGGCAAUCAUUCAAGUGCAACAGCUUAAACAAGAAGUACACCAACAAAAAGAAAGGUACGACAAAUUUGUAUCAAAUGAAAAGGAACGCACRGCAAAGGAGAGUGAAAAGUUGAUUGUGGAGUAUCAAAAGCAGCUGGAAGCCCUGAACAACAAGAUCCAGGAAGUCAACAAUGAACAUGCAGSGACUGCCAAUCAAGUUGAACGCUUAACCAGAGAAAAGGUUGGACUAUUGUCUGAGCURGAACAGGCUAAAGGUCAAAUACUAGCCAGUAAUACCGAUGUCACAAAGGAAAGCCAGGAAGCACUACGAGAACUUACAGAAACAAAAGUAAAGCAUUCUCUUGCCUUACAAGAAAUCUCGACUCUGAAAAACAACUUGCAAACAACAAACAGACAACGGGAACAGGAACGAACGAGACUUACGGCAGAAUUGGAGGAAUUACGUCGACGAUUACAAGACGCAGAGAAUGGAUGGAUGGACAGCAAGGACGAAUGUGUACAACUUACAGAUAAACUGAAUACCGCGGUUAGAGAUGGUAAAAUGGCUAACGCUGCUCGCGCACUUCUAGAAAAAUCACGAGAAGACGAAAUCAUCGCAUUCAAACAACAGCUUCACCAACGUGAAAACAAUCUCRCAGCAGUCAUGCAGGAAUCACAGAGAAAAUAUUCACAAGCAAGAAGUGAACUAGAGCACAUGCUAGAAUCCCAGAUCAAGAUAUCAGACGUUUUGAAAGAUGAAUGUAGAAARCUUUCACAGCAGUUGGAGAAUACUUCUAAACGAUCGAAGGACAGCAUGCAAGAAGCUGUACAAGAAAUGGCAAAAACAAAGACUGAGCUGACUAAUUUGUCGAGUAAAUGCAAGACUUUAGAGAGCCAACUGAGACAAAAAGACAAAAACCUCAAUAAAAUGAACAAAAAAGUCAACAUGUUGGAAAAGAAUGUCCAGAAAUACGUCCAGCAGAUUUACGAUCUCCUACUCAAGCAGAAUUCUCUAAUGAAAGAUCGACAGACGUUGAGUAAAGAACUUGAAUACUGGAGACAGGAAACCCUGCAGUCACGUAAGCAAGAUGUCGUGAUGCGUGACAACGAUAUAGAAAGUAACGUAAGCAACGAAAAUAAUUCUCAGACAUAGACCUUUUUAAUUUUUACAAUUUUAUUAUUUYUAUGUAAAUAUUAUUGUACAUUUGUAUAAAAAAAACUAUUAUUGAAUACCAUGCACUAUAUUGUAAAGUGAUAUUUUUAUAUAAACUCACAUAUAAGCUAAACUAUAUUAGUCACAAUUUUUAAAAUGUAUAUCAUAUAAUGUUAAAAUCGUGAUAACUAUUUCACCGAGAAGUAAUCAAAACUAACAGAUAUUGUAAUUAUCAGUCUUUUGUCAUGCUACAAUGGAGUGAAGAAAACUUAAAAGAAACUGAAAUUAC